AUGCGCGCCCUCACGGAGGAACAGCAAGCCGCGGUGGACUACCGCUUCGACGCGCCCUUGGCCAUCGUCGCGGGCGCGGGCUCGGGGAAGACGGAGACGCUGACGCGGCGCGUCGCGCGCGCCAUCUCGUCCGGCGCGCGGCCCGAGGGCGUGCUCGUCCUCACGUUCUCGAACAAGGCCGCGCGCGAGCUCCGGGGCCGGCUCGCGAAGCACCUCGGCGAGGCCGUCGCGGCGCGCGUCGAGUGCGCGACGUUCCACUCGUUCUGCCUGCGCCUGCUCCGGCGCUUCGGCCGCGAGGCGGGCCUGGGGCCCGACUUCUCCAUCUUCGGGGACGCGGCGCAGCGCGCGCUCGUGAAGCUGUGCUGCGCGGCGGCCGGCGACGACGACGACGCCGUCGAGCGCGACGCGCGGCAGGUCUGGUCGCUGAUCAAGCGCGCCAAGAGCAGCCGGCUGCGCGCGGGCGACUUCGACGGCCGCGUCGGCGCCAUCUUCCGCGCCUACAGCGCCAAGCUCCGGGAGCAGCGGGCCGUGGACUUCGACGACGUCAUCGACGUCGCCGCGGGUUUGCUCGCGCGCGACGGGCCCUGCCGGUCCUGGGCGCGCGGCCGCUUCGCCCUGGGCUUCGUCGACGAGUUCCAGGACACGUCGGAGCUGCAGCUCGCGCUUUUAGAUGGUGUCUUCGGCCUGGAACGCACGCCGCUGACCGUCGUCGGCGACGACGACCAGGCGAUCUACAGCUGGCGCGACGCCAUGGGCGACGCGUUCGGGUCCUUCGCGCGCCGCUUCCCCGGGGCGACGCUGCUGCGGCUGACGCGCAACUACCGGUCCGGGGGCCACGUCGUCUCCGCGGCGCGGGCCGUCGUCGCGGCGAACGCCGCGCGCGUCGACAAGGCGCUCUGGACGGCGCGGCCCGACGGCAGCAAGCUCGAGAUCCUGCGCGUCGAGGGCGGGCCGGGCGCCGAGGCGCGCGCGGCGGCGCGGGAGGUCGCAAAGCUCCUGGACGCGGGCGCGAAGCCCCGCGACGUCGCGGUGCUCUGCCGCUCCGCGGCGCCGGCGCUGCGCUGCGCGGAGAACGCGCUGACGAAGCUCGGCGUGCCGUGCCAGAUCGCGGGCUCGAACCGCUUCUUCGAGCGCGCGCCCGUGGCCGCGGCGCUGGCGCACCUGCGGCUCGUCGCCAACGAGCUCGACGACGACGCCUGCGCGAAGUGCCUCGCCGAGGGCUGCCGGGGCCUGGGCGCCAAGUCCGUCGAGGCGCUGCGGAGGGGCGGCGGCCCGCUCCUGGGCGCGUGCCGGACGGCCGCCGCGCGGGGGACGCUGGCGCCGCAGCAGACCGCGGCGCUUUGGGUGUUGCUGGCGCGCCUCGACGCGCUCUACGACGCCGUCGCGUCGCGGGCCGCGUCGGCGUCGCCCGUGCGAUCGGCGCUCCGGCUCCUCGACGACGUUUUGGCGCCGCCCGUCGACGGCGGCGACGCGAAGAAGCGCGAGGAGCGGCGCACGGCGCGGGACUUACUCGAAGAACUGCGCGGCGUCGCCGGCGAGCGCGAGCGGGAGCUCGAGGCGGCGGCGCCGGGGCUCGACGCGUUGCGCCACUUCCUCGACACGGCCAUGGUCGCGCCCGACGCGUCCGAGGGCGUCGGCGACGCCGUCGGCACCGUGACGCUCUGCACGAUCCACAAGUCCAAGGGCCUCGAGUGGCCCCACGUGCUGCUCCUGCGGGCGACGGACGGCGUCUUCCCCGCGCGGCUCCGCGACGCCGCGGGCGACGCGGCCGCGGGCUCGCUCAACGGGUCGCCGAGCCGGCUCCGGCGCCGCGACGAGGCCGCGCACCUCGAGGAGGAGCGGCGCCUGUUCCACGUCGCGAUCACGCGCGCGGAGCGCACCUUCGCGGCGCUCCACGCGACGCGCGAGGCCGACGGCAACGGCGGCGACGCGGGCGCGGGCGCGUCGGCGCAGCGGUCGCCGUUCCUCGACCUGCUGCCGAAGGCCGCGGCGACGAACGCGGCGGCGCACAAGCGCCCCGCGACGCGGAGCCCCGCGGAGAAGCAGCCCGCGAAGCGGCCCGUCGCCAAGGCGCGGCCCGCGGCGUCGAGCAAGGCGAAGCGCAAGUUCGCGGCGCCGCGGCGCGUCGCGCCGCCGGAGCCGCCGGGCGCGCGCCGGAGCCGCGCCGCGGCCUUCGUCUCGCCCUUGCUCCGGGACCUCUGGAGCCACCUCCAGGGCGCCAUGGAGAAGGACGCGAAGCCGAGAAAGAAGCGCUCCAAGUCGCCGCCGAAGCGGCCCGAGGGGCAGAAGACCAUCGGCAGCUUCUUCGCGAAGAAGCCGCCGCCGCCGCCGGGGGACCCGUCGUCCCAGGACGACUGGUUCUAA